AUGAAGGCUGCAUCUGUUUCUCUGCUCCUUGGUGUGUGUGUGCUGCUGCUGUCUGCACUGACUGUUUCUGCAGUCUCUCUGUCUGUCAGUCCAAACCUUCAGCAGUUCUUCAGAGGAUCUUCAGUGUCUCUGAGCUGUGUUGAUGAUGGACAGACAGUUGAUGGAUGGACAGUGAAGCGGAGCAGAGAAGGACUCACUGAGGUCUGUGGAGAAGGUAAAGGGAUUGAGAGGGUUAAUGGUUCCUCCUGUGUUCUGGAUCUCUCCUUCUCCUCUAAUGGAAGUUACUUCUGUGAAAACUCUUCUGGACAGCAGAGCGAUGAAGUCUCCAUCAAUGUUUCAGAUGGUGCUCUGAUCCUGGAGAUCCCUGCACUUCCUGUGAGGACAGGAAGUGACAUCACCCUGCAUUGCAGGCAAAAGGAUGUUGACAAAGUUGUAGCUUAUUUCAGCUUUAAUGGAAGUGUUCUUGGAUCUGGUAAAUCAGAGCACACCAUCACUAACAUCCAGCAGUCUGAUGAAGGUCUCUACUCAUGUUCCACUGAUACGUUGGGAUCAUCUCCUCAGAGCUUUCUGAGGGUCAGAGCUCUUCCUCCUAAUGUACAGAGCACCACAGCCUGCACCUCUCCUGGUAUUUCUGCUCCUCCCUCUUCUCUUCCCUCCUUUCCCACAGCCUUCUCUGCUCUUUUCUCCUCCCCCAUCAUUCCAGCUGUAGCAGGUCUGGUUUCUGUGGUUCUUCUGGUUCUGGUUGGAGUUCUGAUCUUCUGCAGGAAACUAAAAGGUACAAAUGAACAGAAAACUAGUGAUCAUGAUGGUGAGGAAGAUGAUGAUGAUGAUGACGAUGAUGAUGGUGAUCAUGAUGGUCGUACUGAGGUCACCUAUGGUCAGGUGGUCUUCAACAAUAAGAAGAAAGCUGGCAGGAGGACAGGUAACCAUGACAACCACUCCUGGAAAGAAACUGAGGACACACUCAGCCUGAUGGAGGAGCUUCACACCACCACGCUGAUCCACGCUCCUCCUAAACUCUGA